CCCGACCACUUAAAAACAUAUUGGAUCUUGCAAGUUCAUUUUUUUUCUUGUCUAUUAAAAAGACAAUUUUAUAUUUUAGUUUUUCUUUUGUCAAAGGAAACAUCAAAUAGUAGAAGAUUAACCUAACUAUGAAGUGUCUAUAAAUUCAGAGGUAAUGCAUAAGGCAGUAUGCAUGAGUGUACUAAAGAGGGGAAGAAUAAUAAUAGAGAUGGAGAGUUUCAAAGAGUGUUCACUAACUAGUAAGGAUGUGUCUCUCCAAGAGCUGAAACAAAGGUUAGCUGACUUUGCUAGGGUGAGAGGUUGGGAACAAUACCAUAGUCCAAGAAAUCUUCUCUUGGCCCUUGUGGGAGAAGUAGGAGAACUAUCAGAAAUAUUUCAAUGGAGAGGAGAAGUAGAAAGAGGAUUACCCAAUUGGAAUGCAGAUGAUAAAGAGCAUUUAGAAGAUGAACUUUCUGAUGUUUUGCUAUAUCUAGUCCAACUUGCUGACGUUUGUGGCCUUGAUUUAGGAAAAGCAGCUUUAACUAAGAUUAGCAAGAAUGGGAAAAAAUACCCCAUUAAUAAUCAUCCAAAACCCUAAUAAUUCACUCUAAUUUGCCAACCCAAUUGCACUUUUUUCUCCUUAUUUUGCUUGAAUAAAUUAAUCCUUUUAUGUUGUAUUAUGCUACAAAACUAUGGAGCAUGAAGUGUUUAAUACCCAAGAUUAUCAAAUUUUGUUUAAUGUA